AUGAAUACAUCAUCACAUGAUCAGCCAAGUAAACCUCAAAAAAAGAGAGGAAAAAUCAACAUUGUAGCAUGUGAUAGAUGUAAACGUGAUAAAAAAAGGUGUGACGGGAAUUAUCUCACUCAAAAAACCUGUGAAUAUUGUCACAAUCAUAACGAAGUUUGCGUUUACUCGGAGCCAAAUUUCUUGAGGAUCAGUCGAAUUUUAAAUGCUGCGGCGAAAAAUGCAGCUGCGGAAGAACAAGAAUCAGAUGAUCGCGAGAAACUUCAAAAACAAUUAAUAGAACACGAAAAUACUAUAAUCAAUUUAUCAAAUCAACUCGGAAUGAAAAGUAAAUCUGAUCAAUCGAAUACAUUGAACAACAUUGAAAAACUUUAUAUUUCUUUAUUCGCGAAUCCCCAAAUUUCAAUCGAACAAACAAUUAUCUUAAAGAGAUUAUGUGAAAUCACCCACAUCCCCAUAAAUAUGAAUGUCUAUGGUAAUGAAAUUCGAAAUAAAUUGUCAAUCCUUGAAUCAAAUGUCGUAACUGAUGAAGAGAAAAGACAAUGUUGGGAAGAACUUGAUAAAUUUAUUAAUAUGUACAAUGAUAACGUGUUCAAUAAAAUUAUGCAAGGGGGCGCUGCCUCGAAUAUUUUUGGUUUUUCUUACCCUUCCGGGUCUACUACGCCCAUUCCAUCCCCCCAAUUUUUAGUAGAAGAGUUUAAUACGUCAAAUGAUUUAAAUGAUUUGCUUUGUUCUGACUUUCAACCCCCUAGCGAUUUUGUUGAAUCAACGUAUGCCACCACAAUCAACCCCGUUACCACUCCUAAAAAACGUAACGUUCGCAAGACUAAAGUUUUUGAAAAUAGUUACGAACCAUAUCCAUCAGGAGGUCACAUCGCUAUUAGACCAUCAAAAAAAGAGACCAAUAUCAUGGUUUGGCAUCAAAACGAUCAAAGUGAAGACAUUCCUAUAUUUGCCGUUGAUGCACCUCAAAAUAAAAAAUUACCCGCCGAAACCUUACAAAAUCCAAACGUUCAGUUUGAUAAUUCCGACAAAGUUUUACAAUUUCAAGCGUCAAACCUUCUAUUGUCCUCUAACUUACCAUAUGGUUUUGAUAAAGUAGGACAAUUUUCAAUUGUAACUUCGCCCACAUUUUCUUCGAGUGAAAGUUAUAAUUCAGAUGAUAAUUUUGAAUAUCCUACCUUCUUAUCAGAUUCUGUAACAUUAGGUUCGGACGAAAACUGGUUAGAAGCCUUUCCAAAUUCAUCAGGUUCUUACAAUAAAAUUUUUUAUUAA